GUCCGGUGGGAGGAGAGCGGCCGGCGGUGGGCGGGACCCGGGUCAGAGAACCGGGACCGGAGAACCGGGAUUAGAGAACCGGCACCGGGAUCGGCAUCGGCAUCGCAGGGACUGGCACGGGCACAGGGACCGCACAGGGGCGGCGUCGGAGCCCCCGGCCCGGCCCCGACGCGCCCGGCAGCGCUCGGGGAUGGGGCCGGCCGGGCCCCGGCGCCCCCCGGCGCCCCCCGCAGCCGCCGCCGUCGCCGUCCCCCGCCGCCGCCGGGGCUGAGCGCCCGCCGCGCCCGGCCCAGCCAUGGCUGCGCGCGGCUGUAACGCGCUCCUGGCCGCGGCCAGGGCCAGUUUCAGGGGCUCCCCUCUGCUGGCGCACUGCAGCCCGCUGUGCUCUCCAGCCGUUGCUCUUGUCCAGCUGGUGGAUCCCCAGUUAACGCGGAGCUCCGGAGACUCCAGGAGCCAGCCCUGGCCACGCCGUGCCUGCCUGGGCGCUGCCCUGCCUCGCUCCCCUGCCCACACCUUGCACACCUGCAGCAGCCCCCGGCAGCAGCUCCCAGGUGAAUCCCUGCCCCGCGGGAGCCCCAGGAACCAGGGAGCCAAACCUGCCAAAACUCUGGCCAAGCAGAUCCUUCCCGCUCCUGGGGGGAAGAAGUCCUUGCGACAGAGAACCGUGGAUGAGCUGAGGCAUUACUACAAUGGACUGCACCUGCUCUGGACGGACACCAAAGUGGCUGCCAGGAUGGUGUGGAAGCUGCUGCACGGGCAGGUGCUCACCAGGAGGGAGAGGAGAAGGCUGCUGAGAACUUGUGCAGAUCUCUUCCGUCUGGUUCCCUUCCUGGUGUUUGUCAUUGUCCCCUUCAUGGAGUUUCUGUUACCUGUGUUCCUGAAGCUCUUCCCUGAAAUGCUGCCCUCAACGUUUGAGACGGAGUCCAAGAAGGAAGAAAAGCAGAAGAAGAAGUUGAGUGCAAAGCUGGAGUUAGCAAAGUUCCUGCGGGAGACCAUUGCAGAGAUGGCCAAAAGGAACAAGGCAGACACAGGAAAAGGGAAACAAUUCUCCUUUUACCUGCACGAGCUCCCUCCCAGCGGCCGGCAGCCCAGCAUGCAGGAGAUCCUGCACUUUUCCAAGCUCUUCGAGGAUGAGCUGACCCUGGAGCACCUGGAGAGGCCGCAGCUGGUGGCCCUGUGCAAGCUGCUGGAGCUGCAGCCCCUGGGCACCAACAACCUGCUGCGCUUCCAGCUGCUGCUGCGGCUGCGCAGCAUCAAGGCCGACGACGAGAUGAUUGCCAAGGAGGGGGUCGGUGGCCUGAGCGUGCCGGAGCUGCAGAGCGCCUGCAGGGCCAGAGGGAUGCGGUCUCUGGGGCUCUCUGAGGAGCAGCUGAAGGAGCAGCUGGGGCAGUGGCUGGAUCUUCAUUUAAAGGAGAACGUUCCCUCUUCUCUCCUCCUGCUUUCCCGUGCCUUGUACUUAAUAGACCUAAAGCCACAAUCUGUUCCCAUUCCACAGAACAAGACAGGUGAAGCUGCUGGAGUGACGACACCUGUUCUUGACGGUCAGGAGACCCUCCUGGAUCCUGCCCCUGUUAUACAGGGAAGAAAGAAUGAAGAAUUUGUGUCCCAGCCAACAGAGAAAUUGCCAUUCUCUGAAGCGUCAGUGAAGCCUCCCCCACGAGAGACCAAAAUGGAAGCAUCCCAGAGCAGCAAGGCUGGUGCCAACGGAGCCUGACCUGGAGCCAGCACUGGGAGGAAGCAGCUUCCAUCUCCACAGCUCCUGCAAAGGGGGCAGGGAUUUCCCAGGAGGCUGAUCUACACAAGGAGGCAGUAGCCCUCAGGGGCCUCUCUCUCUCUGUCCCAAGCUUGCUAGCAGCUAGGCCACUGCUGUCUGGAUGGCCCCAGACAUCUCUUUUGCGCUGGAUCCUUGCCCUGCUACUUUUAACUUAUGGUGUAAAUAUGUUAAUAGUGGUGCUGCUGUCUGUGCUGUUCCUGAGCAGGUGUUUGUGCUUAGCAAAGGCAGCUUUUCAUGUUAGAAUGGCCUGUGCACAGAACAAGCUGGGCUGGGGUCCAGCAAAGCCUGUUCUGCAGCGUGAAAUCCUCUGCAGGAACAUCCCCACACACUCACUCAGGGCCAGCAGCUUGUCCUGGGUGUCCCAGCUCAGGCUCCUGGUCCUGAUUAGGGUGUUUUAGCCAGUGACCAGCCCACAACGACCCCCGUGGCCACAGUUUUGCGAGGAGGGUGAGCACAGGGAGGGAGGGAGCAGCACUGGGUGCUGUGGCAGGACUGAUGAGAGGGACUUCAGGCCUUGCUGGACAGGAGCAGAGCAGGGACAGGAACAGCCUCCAGCUGUGUUUGCUUCCCCCAGGGAGCUGUGCAGGUGCCACGCACUGUGACAGGAUCAGACUUGCACUUUCAGGAUCCCUCUGGGUCACGAGAGGGAGCAGCCCAGGACCUGCACACCUCUCCCAAGCGUGGAGCUUUGGUUAAUCCUCACCAGGCUCAGAAUACACACCAAGUGCUCUCCAAUACUUGCAAAGUGACUCCUCACACACUCCAGUGAUGACUCAGUUUUUGCCAGACUCUCAGAGGAUACUGAAAAGCUGUUUUUAGCAUUUGUUAAAUUUUUUACUCCGUCCUAUGUAAAUGCUGAGAAAUUGCUCACAUUAUGGAUUUUAAAUAUGUAUAUUUAUACUUACUGUUAAAUUAGAUUUGGUGCUAAGUAGGAAUGAAACGUCUCUUCCAGAGGUCAGACAGCCUUUAGAACAACCUGACUGAGAGCCAGUUCUCCAAGCUCCGGUGUGAGCAGCACUUUAAACCCGAGUCCUCGGGCUCCUACAGCAGCACAGAGCCAGCUGUCAGGUGUCCUGUGUCCUUAGCUCUGUACCUGAGCCUCUCCUCGUUCAUCCUGCCCGCCGGAUCUGUGUCUAAUAGACGGGAACAAAUGUUAUUUCAAUAAAAUAACACCUUGCUGUGGA